AUGUCUUCGAUUGAAACAUUUUUAUUUAAAGCCACCAUCGGUUGGCUCGUGAAUAAAGGAAGAGAUGUGACAGCAGAAAAGCUAAAAGAAGGCGACGUGACGGAUAAAAAAGUACGUGAUUUGAUCGUGCGUGAAGUGAAAGAUAUCAAGUCAAAGUUGGACGGAUUAUCAAGAAAGGAUCUCCUGGUAGCUGUUGAUUCCUUUGAAACAGGAGUCAGGUUUUUCUUUCAGGCACUCGAUGUAAAACCUACUGGUGGAGCCAGUACCGCAACAGAAAAGACCUCUGUGGCAAUCAAAGAAGAGAACGUUGACUUAACAGAUGUCGUAAAGGUAGUUUCCUUUGCCUCAGAGAUGGAAAAGAUUCAGAAGAUUGAUCUUGAUGAGGCGACAAAGAUUAAAUUUUCUCAAGCCGAAAAGAGAUUCAAAAUGGCCCGUGAAGAAGCAACAAAAGCCUCCAACAACGAAGCUCUUGAGGUUUUUGACCGGAUCACAGCCAUUCAAUUUCGUGUCAUGGCAGCAAUAUUAGAGUCAGUGGUAGAGACAGCGAGAAUCGCGGGUGUCUUGUCCCCAGAAACUGUAAAGAGUGCAUUGGAAAAUGCAUUAAACGAGUGCGAUCAGUGCCUUCAGAAACUUCAUUGUCUUCCAGCUGUUCAGGACUGUUUUAAAGUUGGACUGGAAAAAGGUCUCCUAAAUUUGAGACGACGGUUUGGUAAAGAUGAGCGAAGAAGGGUAAUUUCCACGGUAUGCCAGGUAAAUCGCGCCAUCUACAAUGCGACACAAGCAGUUGGCAGAGACGCCUUGAUCUGGCCAUUUGUCGACACCGGAGAAGAUAAAGUUGACCCUCUACGCGAUAGAAGAAUACCAAAGGUAUUGCGAAAAGUUUAUAUGGAGCACUGUUGUGUUAAACCAUGGUCAUUAGGUCAGGAGGGUGAAGAGGAGCACAAGCUGAAGAGGCCGUGUGGUAUCGCUACAAACCAUAGAGGACAAUUCCUGAUAGCAGACGAUGGGGAUAAAACCGUGAAGGUGUUUGAUAGCAACGGAAAGUUUGAUUUUAGGUUUAAUCCUCAAACUGAUGACGCCGAUACAGAGUUAGAUAUUUUGGAUGUCGCCACUGCAGGCGAGGACGAAAGGAUUUAUCUUCUGGUCAGACUGAAGAAGCCUGGGGCUGAGGAAUGGGAGAGGGAAGUGCAGGUUUUUAACAAAACUGCUGACCUACAGCACAAGUUUCCUGUGAGGAGAGGGAACUGGAACAGACUAACAGUGAGCAGCGAAUUGAGCAGCGGCAAACAACGCGGCAAAAUUCUCCUGUUGGCACGUGACGAUGUUCAUGUUUACGAGGAGCCGAGUGGCAAGCUUGUUUGUAGCUUUGGUCGAAGAGUGUUCAAGUGGGCAUCAGAUAUCACUGCUACUUGUGAUGGUCGCGUCAUGAUAGUACACCGAGGCGAUGACAGUUUGUACAUAUUUGAUGUGGAGGGACACCAGCUUGGCAAAUUUAAGAUCAAAUAUGAGAGAGAUGGCUAUUAUCGCAUUGCAUGUCACCCCGCAAGUGACCAUGUUGUCCUUGCUGGUCAGGAACGAGAGACAGACCGCCUGACGCUGGCUAUAUACACUGUUAAUGGCGAAUUUGUUCGCAGAAUUCAGCUGGAUGAAAAAUUGGGUUUUGUAAAUGGAAUAACAGUGACCGUGGAGGGUCACAUUGCUGUGGCUUUACAGGAUAUUAAAGACGAAGAUACUCUCCAAGGAAAGGUAAUUGUUGUUUAA